UUGACUGACUCCCUCUCCCUCUCUCCCUCUCCCAUUGCAGCAGCAGCAGCAAAGGAAGAGAAGAAGAGAAGAGGCCAUGACUCUCAUCUCUCGAUACAUCUAAUCACAGCCGUCGAAUUAUGCCUAUAGAUCUCAUCUACCUUCUCCUCCUAGCCUUCCUCAUCUGUACUUCCCCUUGCCCAGCGUCGUCAUCAUCAUCAUCCAUAGACGAACCAUCAUCGUCAUCAUCUUGGUCCGACGAGAAGAACCUACUCGAUCUGCUUCUCGAGCUCAAAAGCCGCACCGCAGGCCCCAUCCUCACUCUUCCCCUCUUCUGCUCCAUCCACACCCUCCAUUCCUUCUCUUUCCAACGCCUCCGCCGCAUCCGCAUCCUGACCGUCCGUUUCAAACCCUUCGAAGCCUGAUCGCAUCGCCAUCCCAUCACCAUCAUCCACCGUCCGUUCCUGCAAAACCAUGAGUUUCUUGAAACUUUCAGAGUUCUUCUAUUUCCUGACGUUGUCCCGAUGGAUGCCCUGCAAUGAGCUUCUAAUGUCCCCGCCCGAUCGGACGGUAGCGAUGCCGUCGGCUGGUAAGGGGAGUGAUGGGGGGAAGAGAUGGGGAUUCUUGCGGUGGCUGAGUUUUGACGCGCUGAAGAGCAUUGUAUUGCUUGGAAUGGUAUGGUCGCUGUUGAUGUUUGUCGAGAUCCGCUUCAUACCAUCAUCGUCAAUGUAUCCUACUCUGCGCGUUGGCGAUCGGAUAAUUGCUGAAAAGGUUUCAUAUUACGUCAAAAGCCCUGCUGUCAAUGAUAUAAUACUUUUCAGAGCACCUACGGAGCUAGUGUUACAGGAUACGCGAUUCAAGAAGGAAGAUGUUUUCAUUAAAAGAAUCGUAGCAAAAGCUGGAGAUAUUGUUGAGGUUCAUCAUGGGCUGCUCUAUAUUAAUGGAAUUGCCCGGAUUGAAGAUUUCAUAGCAGAACGGCCAACUUAUAGACUGAGUGCAACUAUUGUGCCGAAAGAUCAUGUUUAUGUGAUGGGUGACCAUCGCAACAUCAGCUUUGAUUCCCAUUCUUGGGGACCUCUUCCUAUCAGAAACAUAGUAGGGAGAUAUGUCAUGACUUGUUCAAGGCCAUCACACCAGUGAUUUCAAGUAGCAGGGAGCGGAUUUGGUCAGCCUCAGUUAGCUGCAUUAAAAGGAAAUGAACGCACUACCAUCAGCUUGGUGUUUUGUAUUUCCAGUGAGGAAGAAACCCCUCACAUUGCAGUUACAUUCCUUUCAAGUCUGACUUCAUAGAGGCGUGAUUAUGGUUUUGAAGCCUAGUCCUUCAAUAUGGAUGCUAUAUGAUCAUUUUAACUAGUUAUUGCAGUUGGGCUCGACAGUUUCAUCAAAAUGCAAACUGAUAUUCAAGAGGCGCAAUUAUUUACUCUAUUUGCAGGAACGAUUUCAUACUCCUGUGUCUUCUUAUGCUGUUUAUCAAUUACAACUUCAGCUGCAGAUCAGCACUUAUGGAUGCCAGUCCUAGAAUUGUCUGUUGUUAUAAAACUGCUGUAGUCGCCUGGUUGAUUUGUGUUGACAGGAACCUUCCAUUUUGCUUAUUAUCAUCCUUGGAUUUUCUUUC